UGCGACGUAGCUAGACUGUGGCAAAGUGUACUGUGACAAUGUGUGACUGUGGCAAUGUGUGACACUAGGAGAACAGAGUAGAAAACUGAAAACAAUAUAUUCGAUUGCAUAAGUCUACAACUAUUUCUAACUUCAUAUUUUGACACUUGAUUCAAAUUUACAGUGUAGAAUCCCACUUAAAACUUUCCGACAUUGAAAACAACCAUAACUUACGCUUUACAAGUUAGAUAUUUGGUUUUUUAUAAGUGAUAUUCAUAUUAUACAGAAGUUUACAAGUUUUGUAAUGUUGGCUACUCUCUUGGUCGUUCUAGUUUACGUGAUUCACGGACUGGAAUCUCUCAGAGAUGUAACUCUUGAGGCUCCCGAAGCAGUCAGGACCGGAGGCUUCAUGACACUAACUUGUGCCUACCACCUUGACAGAAACUCCCUCUACACCGCCAAGCUGUACCUGGAGGACACAGAGUUCUUCCGCUUCGUUCCCCGGGACAGACCUCCUACCAUGAUGUUUCCUCUUCAAGAUGCUUCUGUACAUUUACAGAUGAAUAGUCUCAACAAGUCAGUGGUGACACUUGGACCGAUGCAUCGAGGUUUGGCGGGUAUCUACAAAUGUGAGGUGACUGAGGAACCACUGUUCCACACCAUCAUCAAGUCGUACUUUGUCUCUGUCACAGACCCUGUAUCAAGACCAUCCCUAGUGACUAGCAAGAGUGUGUAUAAUGAAGGGGAAGACAUCUCUGCUAGGUGUAGUUCUAGGGGAGGUCAUCCCCCAGUGAACAUCACCUGGUACCUUGAUGACAAACAGAUCUCUGACUCUGCAGUCGCUGAGAUAAGGAGCUAUGUGAUCGCAGGAGAUGUUGACACGUCAGUGUCUGAUCUUCGUCUAUCAGUUCCCCCCUCCCCUCAUCAGUUUCGACUGCGCUGCACAGCUUCUCAGUUUGACAUAUACUUAGCAACUACAGAUAGACUCUUGAGGAUAAACUACUCCGUCCCUCACGUUCCCACAAAUCAAACUGUCUCUUUGAGUUUCAUUCCCUCCCAGCCUUUCAGUUUUAUGUUAUUGUUUGUGUACAGCACUUUUGUAUUUAGUGUUUUUUAGCCUAAACAGUUGAAUAAGUGCUCAUUAAGUUGUUACUUUGAUUUACUUUAAGAUUAAGAUAAAUUUGGUUGUACUAGAUUUUAGAUAAUUACUGAACAAAUUAUAUUAUUUUAUAUAUUUAAUGUUUUCUGGAAUAAAGAAUUAAUUUUGAUACAAAAUAUUAUGUGAAAACAUUGAUGUGUAGGGUUCCCAUGUUAUGUAUGGACAUAGUGGUGAACUAU